AUGGGUUUCUUCAAUCCCGGAAAGUCGAAGAAAUGGUACCUGGGAAUAUGGUACAAGAAAAUCUCCAACGGAACAGUAGUUUGGGUCGCAAACAGAGACACCCCCAUGAACGACUCAUCUGGGUCGGUGAAGCUAAACGUGUCGGGCUCCCUUGUCCUCCUCGACAGCUCCAACCGCACUGUCUGGUCCUCCAUCGUCAACAGAUCCGUUCAAAACCCAGUCCUCCAGCUCCUCGAUUCGGGCAAUCUCGUGGUCCGAGCCGCGGAAGACCAAAACUCGGAAGAUUACCUCUGGCAGAGCUUCGAUUAUCCGACCGACACUCACCUUCCGGGCAUGAAGCUGGGGAAGAACGCGGCUACGGGAAAGGAAUGGUACAUCACUUCGUGGAAGAGCAAGGACGACCCAGGUCGAGGCCCGUAUAAAUACUGGAUGGAUCUAACCGGGUACCCGCAAAUCUUCAUGAGCAACGGCAGCACGGAUCUAUACCGGAGCGGGCCUUGGAACGGGCUCCGGUACAGCGGGACUCCAAGCCUGAGACCCAAUCCUAUCUAUACCUACGGGAUGUAUUUCCAGAAGAACGAGGUCUAUUACAGGUAA